AUGGCACUUCAAGAGUCUCAGCACGAGGGUAACUCUCCGCUCCCAGACUCGGAGCCUGUUAUCCAGAUCCAAGAUGCUAUCGCUGCAAGUGACGACGACGAUGCCGACUCCUCAAUUGGCGAGGAAGAGAAUGAAAGACUGGACUUGCAACACGAGCUUUACGUUCGAACGCUCGAUGGUGAGCUCGCUGUAUGUCCCAAAGCGAAAGGCGCGAAUCGUGUCCUCGACAUGGGAACAGGCACUGGCUCAUGGGCAAUUGACUACGCUGAUGCAAAUCCUGAAGCAGAGGUCAUCGGCGUUGACCUAAGCCCAAUCCAGCCAGCUCUCGUUCCACCAAACGUGAGCUUCGAAAUAGACGACCUCGAGAAAGAAUGGACCUGGACCAAGAAAUUCGACUUCAUCUUCGCCCGUAUGAUGCUCGGCUGCUUCACCGACUUUCCCCAAAUCAUCAAAGUCGCUUUCGACAACCUCGAGCCCGGCGGCUAUCUCGAGCUCCAGGAUAUGUCACUCCCCGCGCGCUCCGACGACGGAACCCUCCACCCAGAAAGCUAUCUCUCCAAGUGGUGCAGAUCCUGCUUCGAAGCUGGUCAGAACCUUGGCCGUCCUGUAUUUCCGACAACAGAGUAUAAGAACUACCUCGCUGCUGCGGGGUUCAUUGAUAUCGUCGAGGUUCAACAGAAGUGGCCGACGAAUCCAUGGCCGAGAGAUAAGAAGUUCAAAGAGCUGGGGGCGUGGGCUUGCGCAAACAUCGCCGGUGGCUUGGAUGGCUUGUCGUUGGCGUAUUUCACGAGGGGGCUUGGGUGGUCGACUGAGGAGACGAGGGUGUUUUGUGCGCAUGUGAGAAAGGAUUUGCAGAACCCCAGGAUCCAUGCUUAUUGGCCAAUCUACUUUGUCUAUGGUAGAAAGCCCCUUACGCCUGCAGGAUCCCCAUAA